AUGGACAAAUCAAAUUCUGACGAAAUGGUAAGAUUUUCAAGUUUAUGACAAUUUUUUUGCAGACGGAAUCUACGGUGUUAACUCGAGUCGCACAAGCCACAAGCGGAGGCAGGUCUCGAGAUGUUUCAAUCAGCAAUCCGGUAGACAAAUUUGUAUUUUCUGAUUCUUUUCUGGAGGAGAGUUAUAAGCUCAUUGAAGUCAGUAACGAGGUUUUUAAUUACGUUAUUAAUGGCGGCGAGUAAGUUUUUUAUUAUAUUUUUUUUGGUUUUAGACAACUAAAAUGAAGAUUUUUUCUUGUAUUUUAUAAUGUUAGGUAAAAUUAAUUCUUUUAGCUAAUGAGUGAAACUAAUGUUAUAGAUUCUACAUGAUUGGGGAUCUUACAGAUUCCUUAACGUUUUGCAUACCAAACAAAACCUUUCAAACCCGUGAAGUUGAACAUUCAAAUUGCAUGGUUUUAAUUGAUAUGGAAAAGCCUCCAGAACAAAUGAAUGUACAGUGUAGAACAAAAGAUGUUUUAGGCAUAAACUAUUAUUCAAUAGACUUGGUGGAAAAAAAUUUAUUGAGUUCUUUGAAUUUUAAUAUUUUGGAUUGUCGGAAGGUUAACAUUUUUUCUAAUCAACCAAAUUUUAACACAGAGUAGGUGACUUUGGCAUACUUGAUGUUUUAUGCAUAAUAUUAUUGUUUUGUUAUUUCUUUCACAUAAUUCUUUUUUGGUUAUGAUUUAUAUUUUGUUGUUUUAGGCCUUUAAGUUUACAUGAGUUCUGCUUAAGGAUUGCACUUUCAAUGGAGCAAACGGAAGAAAAGUUGAAAUGUUAUCCUAUAUUUGAAUUUAAUGGUAAAUUUUUAUAUCUUUUAAUGUUUUGGUAAGAUAGUUUGUAUACUUAUUGUUAAUAGAAAAGUGAUUUUCAAAUGUUAAAAUUUUAUUUUAGGUAGUGUGUUCAUGCUUGACGACACUGGUCGAAGGGAAUUGUUCAGACGUCUGGUUGACUUCAUUGAUGAUUACAUGAAAUCAGGUGGUGAUACAAGUCAUUUGAGACGUCGAAGUAUGGUUGCCUCCGACAUUUUAAACGAAGUUUCUACAUUUUACUCAUUGGAUGUGGCAGAGAGUUUGAUUAAUUGGGUUUUUCAUAUGUUUUUUGAAUUAAACGAUGGUAAGGGUUUUGCAUUUUUUGUGUAAUUGUGUAUUUAUUGGCAAUUCUUGUAUGAUUUUGUCAUCUGUAUUUUUAGAUAAUACAACUUACUGCAUCAAUCGCGUGCGACUUUGCAGGGAAUUGUCGUACCUAACGUUAAAAAAUACGACCAAUUAUGUUUCAUUUGACGAGUUUGAGAAAGAAGUUUUAGUUCAGUUACCUGCCGUAAUUAAUUUUGAUGAAGCUUGUCUCAAGGGAAUUGCUCACAUAAAGACCUUGAAAAAUAAGCAAAGGCAAUUAAUGUAUUUAAAUAGCAAUGACAUGCCUCUGGACAUAGAUCAAAGGUAGUCUUAAUUUUAUGCGUCAGCUAAAUUUUUAUGUAAAAGGUUUUCCUUGUAGUAAUGUAAAAAAACAGGUAUGUAUAAUUAAUCAUUUAUAGGUUUACGUUUUUUCCUUCAUUGUAUUUCUCUUUUAGGCUAAAAAUUUUGUUCCGGAUAAGCCGAACAUGGUCAACCGAGGAUAUGGCAGAAUAUUUCAAAGAUUUCCUGGGCUCAAGCGAAACUUUACUUAAGCUAUUAACAAAUAAAAUACGUGUGUCACAGAAAGAAGGGAAACAGUUUAUACAUCCAUUGUAA